AUGGAGGGCGAUGCGAGUUCGUCGUGGAUCGGGUCCCUCGUGGGGCGCGUCGGGGACUACGUGAGGCAGUACCUCCCUUCCUCGGAUGUCGAGGAAGAGAAAUCCCAGACCGUCGCCGAGAAGGAUGAGAAAUUCCCUGUCGCCGAGGAGGAUGAGAAAUUCCCUGUCGCCGAGGAGGAUGAGAAAUUCCCUGUCGCCGAGGAGGAUGAGAAGAAGGAUGAGACCGGAGAAGCGCGGGUGUGUGAGUUCUAUCUGGCCAAUCGCUGUCGCUUCGGCGCCAGAUGCAGGAAUCUUCACCCGGGCGAAGUCGCGGCGGAGACGAAGGAACCCUUGCCCGGCGACGCGAAGGGGAAGAAGGGGAGCAUGAAGACGGCGGGUGACGUCAUCUCCCGCAUCCGGUGGGACGAGAACUUCCCGGAGGAGUUCUUCGUCGUGGGGUACGCGGAUCGGUUCCUGGGGGUGGUGGAGAAGCCGUUCGGGGCGUUCAACUGGCACGACGACCUGGCGGCGGUGGACAACGACACGCUGGCGAUCCCGCAGCACAGGAUCCGGUACUUCAAGUACCGGACGCGGAAGGUGUGGGACAAGGAGCAACGGCUGGAUCUCGUCUUCAACAGCUCGGGCGGGGAAGGCGCGAACAUCCUCGACGUCAUGAAGGAGGAAGACGAGGCGUGUUCCCGGAACGUUCGUUCCGAAUCGGACGAAGGAUCGGAUUCGGACGACGACCUCGAGGUCACGAUGGGCCCGGGCGCGCGGAUCCCUCAAGGCGUCCCGGAGAGCGAGCGAUCCACGCACUUCCUGGCCAUCCGGAUCACGAACCCCGCGAUCGUCGCGAAGGCGAUCGAGAUCCACGAUCACAUCGCGUCGAUGGAGCCGACGCUGCGCGAAUGCUGCAUGCGGCGGGGUCUCUUCCACGUCACCCUCGGGAUGCUCCGGCUCGACGGCUCCUUCGCGGUCGAGGAAGCGCGGCGCCGGGUGGAAGACUUGCGGGCGACGCUCGAGAAGACUUGCAGGGAGGACGCGACGUUGAAGGUCGCGGGGCUGGCGACAUUCGGCAGUCGCGUCCUCUACGCCCGAGUCGCCCCGAGCCCCGCGUUCUGGCGCGUCGCGUCGCUCCUCCGCGACGCCCUCGACGACCCCGAACGCGGACUCGCCCCGACCAACGCCUUCGACCUCGUCCCCCACAUGACCUUGGUCAAGGUCUCCCGCCCCGUGGCGAGGGAACGGCGGUCCAAGUACCUCGACCCGUCCCUGUACAUCAAGUACGAAAACGUGGAUUUCGGGGUCCAGGUCAUCGACAACGUGAACCUGUGCGUGAUCGACGAUACGACCCGGGAGGAUGGAUUUUAUCGGACUCUCGCUGAAAUUCUCUUCUGA